AUGAUUCCAUUACUACGUCAACGUUGUCCAUUAUUUUUACGCUCAACAAUUAUACGUAUUCCACCAACGACAGUUUAUGUUAGUAAUACUUCAAAUAAAAAUUCAUAUUCACUUCCUCGAACAUUAUUCAAUAUAAUACCAAAACCAUUCCAUCCUUAUGUUCGUUUAAGUCGUAUUGAUAAACCAACUGGAUCUUGGGUUAUAUUUUUACCUGGUGCAUGGAGUAUUGCACUUGCUGGUACAACAUUAACAAAUCUUUCAUUAAUUGGUCUAUUUGGUAUUGGAACAAUAUUAAUGCGUGGAGCUGGUUGUACAAUAAAUGAUCUAUGGGAUAAAGAAUAUGAUCGUCGUGUUGAACGAACAAAAUCAAGACCAAUUGCAAGUGGAGAAAUAACAAUUCGACAAGGACUUAUAUGGGCAGGUGUUCAAUUAUCAUUAAGUUUUCUAAUACUAAUUCAAUUAAAUUUUCCAACAAUUGGUAUUGGUAUUUGUUCAUUACUACCUCUUAUUAUUUAUCCUAUUAUGAAAAGGUAUACAAAUUGGCCACAAUUUUUUCUUGGGAUAACACUCAAUUGGAGUGCAUUAAUGGGUUUUACAGCAGCAACAGGUGCUGUUUAUCCAUCUGUUAUAAUACCAUUAUAUUUUGCUGGUAUUGCUUGGACACUUCAUUAUGAUACAAUAUAUGCUCAUCAAGAUAAACGAGAUGAUUUAAUUAUUGGUGUUAAAUCAACAGCUCUUCUUCUUGGUGAAAACACAAAAUUAUGGUUACGAGCUUUUUCCAUUGGUAUGAUAACACAUUUAAUUACAGUAGGUUUAAGUGUUGAUCAAACAUGGCCUUAUUAUAUUGGUUUAAUGGGAGUUGGAUAUCAUCUUCAUCGACAAAUAGAAACAGUUAAUUUAAAUGAUAAUCAAUCAUGUUGGAAUACAUUUGUAUCAAAUCGUAUGACAGGAUUGAUGAUAUUUGUUUGUAUUUUAAUCGGAAAUUUUUGUAAAUAA